AUGUUUUUCCGCCGUGUGUUUGCCAAGAACGCCACAAGUUCCUCCAGCAGUGGAAACAGUGUCACCUCGUCCGCUGGCAACGCAGGCAUGCACGCUGUACACAAUCUCGCCAUGUCCUCCGGUGGUGUGCCUACCGAAUCUCCGGCACGUUACCGGCGUGCGCUUAAUGUUGAGGACAACCAUCGGGUGUUGUCAGUGCUGCAGUUGACACCACUGUGGGAAUAUAUAAUACGCAACAAUGAGCUGCCGGUCGGGCUGAAUAUGAACGAACUGUUCCGCGAGUUUUUGGAACGAUUGCACGACCCAGAGUUCCAAGUGCGUCAGCACGCGCUGCGUGUUUUAAUCGAUGUGAUCAUAGUGCUGCGGGACGAAACGGACAUUUACUUUGCCUCACUGCUGCCACCGAUCAUUGACAAUCUUGGCCACCCGUCACCGGCGGUGCGGAAGGGUGCAUUGGACGUGCUGAAAGUGUACAUCGCACAAACCAAACUGCCGGAAACGGUGAUGCUGGAAAUCAUGAACUACGGGAUGGACCGCAAUCCCAAAGAUCCGCUCAGCAGCCGGUACAUCGUCGGUGUAAUGCUCGCUUUGCCCUCGCUCAUUCAGCCGGCCAUUUUAACCGCGAAGCGAACGUUUAUACUGCGGGCAGUAAUUAACGCGCUCGGUGGAAAGAUGGUGCAGAUAACGUACCAGGAGAUUGCAUUGAAGAUUUUGCUCAAGAUUAAAAACACGAUCGGUUCGCGCGAAUUUUACGAGUGCAUUUCGGUGGCUUACAGGCGCGAUUUUGAUCUGCUGUGCAAUGUGUACGGGUUGCCGAACCCGCCCAAAAGUCCACGACGCGAUCCAGUCGUGCCUCCCGGUGAGAUACCGCUCGGGAAUGUGGAUAUGCGAAAAUCGUGGAAACCGACCGUCAUCCCUAGUGCAUCGAUGCCACUGCAGCCCCUUUCACCAAAAGCGCAGCGCUGGAAAUCGGGCAGCCACGGUGACAUUUCGCGUGCGGCCGAGGUCAACGAUGCGGCCCGGUUGCGAAAUCGCAUUGGCUCUGACGAACGGCUUCCCCAGCACGACUACAUCCUGAGCAAAGGGCCCGGCGGAGGACCGCUGUUGCGGCGCGUCAGUUUAGAGAAGAUCGACGAUUCGAAAGUGAUCAUGGAAACCGAGAUCAAAAUCAACAAGGAGUCGGUUACGAUGCGCAUCCUGGAGGCGGAAACCUCCAACUCGAACUCAAUCAGUGAGGAAAGUGACGAAGAUAACGCCAACAAGCGGUUCGGGGUGGUGCGUGUGCUGACGGACAGUGAGCUGGAGGAUAGUGUCACGGUGAAAUCGAUCGGUGGAAGUCAAGCAGCUACGAUGCAGCAAGACUUACUCUACUCCUCCGAUACAGAGUACGUACGGCGAACGCCACGCCGUGUGCGAUUUGGCGGGGAGAUCGUUAAAAUGCGCACCCCCGAUAGUGAUACGUUCGAUCAGAGCGAUCAAGACGCACUGUCGCUGUCACAAUCUUCAAACCUAUCCGCACAACUGCUGUCCUCGUCGACGAUAUCCGAUCGGACAUCUUCGACGGCACCGCCACCACAGCGAUCUUCCCUGAAAUCGGCUUCCUCAUCCUCCGAACGAAGCAGCUCCACAUCGCACGGCAUGAUGCGAAGGCAGUACUCCCAAUCGGCAGACACGGAACGAUCGUCACCGCCAAGCACCAUGGCAAUGUCUUCCGAGUUUAGCAGCAGCAGCACGGCAAAGCCCAGACCCUCUUCGGCGAAAUCCACCAUGGAAACUUCGGUCAUUAGCGAAUUGAACUCCGGUUCAGACCCGGAAGAUAACGAGUCUCCGUCAAUGAUAACGAGCAAGGUUGCAGAUGAAGAAGAAUGUACACCCUCGCGACCCAAAUCAUCUCUCGCUCGUCCAAAGUCGGCGAAAACAUCCGAACAUCAUACAUCCGAACCGGUGGAAUCGCAACAUCCCGCAUCUGCUAAAGUGGACAACAUCAGUGCGCCACCGGAACUACCAGAAACGCCCGACACGCACAGUCGACCGGAACCGAGGCCGGUAUCGAUGCUCACUAGUUCGGAUGCUAGUGCUAUUCUGGCAGACAAGAUUGAGGAGGUGAAACAAGCGAUACAGGGUAUCGAAAGCAAGAUCAACAACGUUGUGCUGCAGAAGGCGGAUUCGGUGGAUGUAGUGCAGAACCACACCACUCCACAUCCGACUCCGAAAAAGCUGGAGUCGAACCUUUCGCUGGAAGUGCUGAUGAAAACCAACAGCAACGAAAAUGCGGACAAUCUCGAGCAGGAUCCCUCGCAGGCCGAGCAGAACAACAAAGAUUACACCAAGGAACUCAACAUCGAAAUACCGAAGGAGGAAAAGCUGCAAAAUGCGCCUCCACCAUCGCCGAAGCCCGUAAAUAAAUCUGCGGAUAAUACUGCACCAUCCACCAAACCAGUGUCUAAAAUUGUACGAUCGGGUAUUCCACGCUUAAAUACAAUGCCUUCACCAAAGACGAUGCGGAAGGUGCACGAAUCGAGCGGCACUGCACAAAAGUCCCCAGCUGCGGCUGGGGGUGACGGUAAAGGUCAGCUCACUCCACAACCUGCCAAUGUCCGUGGCAGAACAUUAUUGCGCAGCCGAUCGGCAACGUCUGCGUCACUGAAGCGUAGCGUUUACAUCAGUCCCUCAUCUCUCAGCCCCAUGCCGCACAGUGGGAUCGAGAUCAUGCACAACCUGCUACGGAGCCCCUCUCCAUCGCCACACCGGAAUCGACGGAAAAGUUCCACCAUGAGCGACAAAUCGCUCGAUACGCUGGCAUCAAGCGACAAGAACAAUAACCAUCAGCUCAUCUCCAGUGUCGGCGAAAGUGUCGACGGGCGGACAGACAAGUGCAUCAGCGUCAACGAGGAGGACAUAUUUGACGUGUUCGGGAAAACCAUCGCCACUCAAACGUCCGCCGACGAAACGAUGGAAGUGCCAUUUGUGCCAUUUACACGCACCCCUUCGCGACUGGCACUGGCACAGAUCGAUGUGAAUGGCAACGAAAUCAGUGCGAACGCUACGAGUUCGGCAGAUGCAAAAGUUCGAGACCGGGGACACUCUCCAAGUUUCUCCCGCCCGGACUCCCCAAAGAUGCCCCAUAAUCAGCAAAUAGUCAGCUCAUGGGAAGAUCUCGGCAUUGUGAACCGGAUCACUCUUCUCCAACUCAAAAGUCCGGAUUGGCGGUUGCGUUCCCAAGGGUUCUGUAGCAUCGAGGAAGCUCUUAAAUCAUCCGAUAAUCUAGCGAAAGUUCAACCGUACCUAGAAUCGCUGCUGCGCACACUGCUGUCCUCGGAGCGGAAUCUCGAUGUCAUUGACGAUAAGGUCCGAAUGUUAGUCAACCUGGUGUCGCGGCUACCGCUGGAAAACCUGGAAGACCGUGUCGGCCAAAUCAUGACCGGGCUGUGCCGACAGGGCGGUCCGGGAAGCAACAAUGUGGCCAAGGCGCUGAUGCAACGAUUACCAACGGCGGCCAUCGUCCAACGGCUCCUAUCGGAUGACUUCCUGCAUGCCAAAAGUUCCAAGUUCCGCGAGAAUGCAUUGCAAACGGUGCUGUUUGCUUUAAUGACAUUCCCGAGUACCUACUUCGACAUCAAAACUCUCAUUUCCCGAGCGACCGAGGCGGCAAUGGAUCGCAAAAAACGUGUCCGUCAUGCGGCACUUGACGUUCUUGCGGUGCUGGGACAAAUUAGUUCUCCUAAAUUGGUUCUAGACGUUGUUUGUGCCGCUGUCGGAACGCGCCCGGAAGGCAACCAUCUGAUCACGGCCGUUAAGGCACGGCUGGCGCGGAAGCAGCUUCCCUUCAUCGGUCCGGACGGUAGUGUGGAGUACGCGAUUAAGGUGCCUUCCAACCGAUCCAGCAAUGUUAUCAUGUUCGGGGCCGACGUUGACUGGAUCGAGGCUGGCAGUGGGUCCGCCUCGCCCACCUUCAAUCGACCCGGACGGCACAAAUAUCCCAGCUUUCAGGUGGAAAACAGUUCGUUUGAAGAGAUUAGACAGAAACCCAGCUUCACAGUUUUUGAUGAAAUCAAGCAACCUAUAGAAACAUCAAAAAUUUCAACCAACUCCGGCUGGACUUCCAAAAUACCUGUAUCAUAUUCGGACAAUAUGAACCAGCCGCUGGGACCGAACGCCACUCGACCGCUGUACGGGAAUGGACAAUCAUCCAGGUCGUACCCGGAGUUACCCGACAGCAAGCUGGCGGCACCGUUUGCCACAACCAAACCCGUCCCAAUCCACAACCGCAAGCUGGAGGGAACAAUGUCCGGCAUACCGCAAAUUGCGAAUGGCAAAAUUUCACGCAAUUCAAUCACUUCGUUAAGAUUUCCCGAAAUGGAUCCCAAGACGAGCGGUAAAAUCAUGCUGGCGAAGAACAAUAACCCUUACGAAAUGAGGGCACCGCGAAUGCGGGGCAAACUGUAUUCCCGCAACAGUGAUGGGUUUAUGAGUGACACAAUCGCUAGUGCCAACAAGCAGGUUAGCAACGACAUCCGACCAGCGACCGACCCGGUGGUGGAAAGUGAAGGUUUUAGACAAUCGAGAUUUGGCAUGCGGUUCUACAAUCCUAAUCAGAUGGGAAGCCAUAACAAACAGCCCAUGACUACGCAUGUGCAGAAGCCGGAUGUAGACCAGCGUCCUAAUUUAUCACCGAGCAAAAGCUAUAACAACCACAACACAGCCAACAACGGUGGGAUAACGAAUCGGAGUAACAGUGCAAGCCACGGGGAACUCCACAACUAUUACGGCGAUGCGGCUACCGUGGGCACUGGUGGCGGAACCGCACCAAGCACACCACAUCGGACGCGAUUUCUUGGCGAGCGGCGUCCAUCCAUCCCGGUGAUCAAUCAGGAAAGUUACAUCAUUCAUCGGGAUGAACAGUACGACAGCGAGCAGGACGAACGAUCGAGCAACGAUUCCACGUCCACGCGCAUCAUCUCCAACAGUAUUCUAAACUUCCGCGAUCGCGAUCGGGAUCGUGUGACGAUUGUGGGCGACGAUGCGUAUCCUGGUGCCGCACCGGGUGGAAGUCGUCCCGCUUCGAUACCGUCCGUUUCGCGGCCACAGUCCGUGAGUUCGCACAAGUCGAUCGGUUCGGGGGUGCUCAAACAUCCCGAUGGGCGACUAUCGCGCACCAGCAACGCUUCGUACGGCAAUGCGUCGGUUAAGAAUGCCUUGGGAGACAAUGUUUCGCUUAAAACGCACCGCACGUACGCAGGCGCUGCGCCCGAAGAGGAGCGGACCGAUCGAGAGUGGUAUGGGGAGCGAGCUGCGACUCCAAUUCAUAGCGAAAUGGAUGGCAUUAGCUCGAACCAGGUGCAGUACGAGUCGGACUAUGAUGAGGACGAUGAUGAAAAUGAUGAAAACUACGAGCGAAGUUUGAAGCCAUCCGCCACACCGAAACGAUAUCCUACCCCAAGCCCACAUCCAUUGCAAGGCUCAUACUCUACGGAGGAGCUUUCCAAUCACAACAUGGACAGGCGGCAGGAGGACGAACACGACAUGAACGAUGACGACCAGGAAAUGCAAAUAGCGCGACCACGUAGUCGCGUACAGUCCGCCAGUUUGGGCAAUUUGCAGCAGCUCGAUCGGAACGAAAUUGCAGACGAUGCUAGAGUAUCGGUUUCGCCGAAAAAAAUCCUUAAAAAACCUUUCCUUGUGCGACGCAGCAGCAAGGUUGCACCCGUAAGGGAGCCAGCGUCCGGAGUUAAGGGUAAAACGAAGCACAACGAAGUGAUCUUUCAGAAGACGUUGCGCCGGUUCGAGAAACCGAAAGAUGCGCUCAACAACUGCCUCACGCAUCUGGAGAGCCCGAACUGGGAGCAAAACAUCAGUGGUUUGCAGUUCUUCGUGCGCCUUAUUCGCCACCAUCCGGAGGUGAUCGAUACGCAGAUACAUCUGCUUUCGGUAGCAUUGGCCAAACAGGUGCGCAAUCUGCGGUCACAGGUGGCACGGGCCGCUUGUCAAGCUUCGGCUGAGUUUUUCUCCACCCAUCGCCGGUGUCUCGAGGGUGAGGCGGAAGACAUUGCUACCCAUCUGCUGCAUCGUACGGCGGACACGAACAAGUUCCUGCGGGCCGACGCUACUCAGGCGCUCGAAUCCAUGUGCGACAACGUAUCGAUUCCGAAGGUGGUCCAUAUAAUUUCCUUCAAGGGGGCCACACAUCAGAACGCAGUUGUACGAACGACGGCCUCCAAACUGCUGAACAAAAUCGUGCUUCAGCUCGGAAGUGAGAAGGUUUUUGCACUGCCGAAGGAAACGCGUGAUAAGCUUAUACUAACCGGAGCACAUCUGCUGCUGGAAGGAUCACUGGAAACGCGCAACUACACGAAGAGCAUGUUCAAACAACUAUCCGACCAUUCAAACUACAGCAAAGUAUUAUUAGAAGUGAUACCUCCGCGGACCUAUAGGAAUAUUGAGAAAACGCUCAACAGCAUUCGACAAAUGUCUUAG